AUGCACAAAAUCAUAAAAUUAAAAUCUGCAGUUAAUCAAGCAUUUAAAUUAAAAAUUUAUACAACUGCAACAAGCUUCACCAAACGUUUAUUGGAAUUGGAACCAACACCUGAUACACGGAAAGUAUUAAGUGUUUGUGAAAAAAAUCCAAUUGAUGAACAUCCAUUAAAUUAUGAUGAAUAUAAUCCAUUUAAUAUUUGUGCAGCAUCCAAUGUACCACAUUUAUCGGUAAGAAAUAUAAAAAUUAAAUCGAAUUUAAUUUAAAGUAAUCUUUAAUUCUUGUUUAGUGAAAAUCCAUUAUCCGGUGCAGCCCAUUUAU